AUGACGUGGGUGAUUCAGUGGGACCCGGAAUGUCAUGAGGCGCUCGGUGACCCCAAUAGCCAUUUCAGUUUGCCUGCAUAUGAUGCGUUGGCGGAGGGCAAAGCCAACUCUAUAAAUGCGGUUUCUCUCCCCAGCAAGCUUACCCUACCAGAAAAAGGCAUAGCCACACCCCAGUUCUGUGAGAUGACCCUCAACCGUGACCUGUACAUAGCUUUCAUCGACUUAACGAAAGUUUUUGAUACUGUCAAUAGAGAACUGCCCUGGACAGUUCUCUCUAAGUUUGGUGUUCCUCCAAAAUUUCUUAAAAUCCUCAAGAGCUUCCAUGAGGAUAUGCAAGCAUGUGUACUUGCAGGAGCCACGAAAUCCAAACCCUGUAGCAUUGAGGUCGGUGUGAAACAGGGAUGCGUUCUGGCCUCCGUCAUCUUCAAUCUCUACCUCACAGCAGAGGCCCUGAUCAGCCUUAACUCCAUGAGCGACGAUGACGGCGUGAAGAUGCAAUUCCACUUAGACGGCAACCUGUUCAACCUCCGCCGCCUCCAGACAAUAACGAAAACGUCGACCUCCCACCUCCUGGAGCUCCAAUAUGCUGUCGACUGCUCUCUAGUUGCUCACUCCCUAGAGGCUCUCCAACACAUUUUCUCGAUUGUCUUCCCCAUACAUCAGACCAUCGGACGAGAAAUUAACAUCCAAAAUACAGAGAUAACUGAUCAACACAGAGGUGCAGACCCACCACCUGCAUUCGUGGUCAACGGAGAACCUGUCAAACAAGUAGAACAUUUUACAAACCUUGGUAGCGCUCUUACUCCAUAG